AUGGCGACCGCAGCACUCUCGCACAGCGGAAUGCCCGCCAUGGGCGCGCCCCUUUCGACACCGGCGUCUCCUAGCAGUGUCUACAGCUCACGGAAACCCACAGGGACAGGCACGACCUCCUCCUCUUCUCCCUCCUCUACAUAUCCUCACAAUGACCCUCCCAAACAUCACCACCACCACCACCACCAGGCAUCAUCAUCAUCAGCAGGAGACAAGAAGCAUCCCUCUCUCCUCUCCCCCUCUGCCUCCUCCCCCUCACAUAUCACCACCACCACAACCCCAAACCCCACGCAAGGGCCCGCCCACCACUACCAGCAGCGCCUCCCCACCUUCCACGGCCGCGUGCAAUCCGUCCAGUCCCUCGACUCCUCCUCCACCCGCGACCUGCAAACGCCCUCUCCCGACCUCGACCUCCGCCGCCGCGAGCUCGAUCCGCCCAUCCACCCGCCGCUCGCAUCGCCAAUCACGCGCUCGCAGAGCACGCACCACCAGAACGGGCCCAUGCCGCAGCCCCACACCGCCGUCAUCAGCUCGGGCGAGAGCCUGUGCUCGUCGUCCGACUACGAGCCCAACAACAGCUGCAGCAGCCUGCAGAGCCCCAUCAGCCCGUCGUCUGGGUCCUCCAGCGGUGGCAGAGUGAAUCCGGGACAGUAUUAUGGCGGUCAGAACCAGAACCCGCACCAGAACGGCAGCUACGGCGGCUACGCCCAGAACGAGCACCAGUACCGCGAGCGCAAUGGCAGCGGGCCUUCACUGUUCAGGGAGCGCAACGCCAGCGUGCCGCAUAACCACUACUACGCCGAGCGCAACAGCAGCGGCCCGCUCCUCGGAGCACCCGUCUACCAGGAACGCAACGCCAGCGGGCCCCUCCUCACCACCACCGCCGCUGGACAGCCACAGUACACCCGCCGCAACUCCGCCUCCCCGGUCCUCUACGACAACAGCGGGCACCGCUCCAGCAGCAGCCGGCACCUCCAGGCGCCCUCCGCGCAGCAGUACCUCGGCGUCUCGCGGCCCUCCUCAAUGUACUCAACGCUCUCGACCGACGGGCGCCUGCGCACACCCGGCUCGGGCUCGCCGCACCAGCGCGCCGUCAGCAGCAAUUCCUAUGACAGCCGCCUCUCAUCCUACACGGACCUCACGCAGCCCGCGCACCACCAGACACCCGCCCCCGUGGCGUCGCUCGACAACUCGCACCUGCGCGGCCAGGUCGGCGUCAAUGCCUCGCUGCUCACGAACCGCCAGACCCUCGAGAUGUACCGUACAAACGCCAAGAAGUCGCAGGACCCGCGCCUCCAGUACGAGCUCGCCGUGUUCAUGAUCCAGGCCGCGCAGCUGCAAGAUGCCGCGCCGUCCCCGUCUCCACGGGGCUCCGGCGGGUCCGCGGGCCGAGAGAGUCCCUACACCGCCAGCAGCGGCAGCGGCAGCGACAGCCACGCAUCGCGCAACGAGCUCCUCCGCGAGGCACGCUCAAUCCUCGAGCGCCUGUCCGGCAAGAUGGCGCAAGCCCAAUACUACCUGGCCGACGCCUACGCCUCAGGCCUGUUCACACGCGGGAAAGAAGAGAACGACAAGGCGUUCCCUCUCUUCGUCGCCGCCUCCAAGCACGGGCACGCUGAGGCUGGCUACCGCGCCGCCCUCUGCUACGAGUUUGGCUGGGGCUGCCGCAAAGACCCCGCCAAAUCCGUCCAAUUCUACCGGCAGAGCGCGAGCAAGAACCACCCCGGCGCCAUGACCCGGCUGGGGAUGGCCUGCCUGCGCAGCGACCUCGGCCUCACCGGCCGCUACAAGGAGGGCGUCAAGUGGCUGAAGCGCGCGACGGACGUGGCCGACGAGCAGUACCCGAACGCGCCGUACGAGCUCGCGUGUCUGCACGAGACGGGGUACGGCGACGACGUCUUCCAGGACGGGGCGUACGCCGCGCAGCUGUUCACGAUGGCGGCCGAGCUGGGGCAUGCGCAGGCGUACUGGAGGAUGGGCGAUGCGUAUGAGCAUGGGAAGCUCGGGUGUCCGCGGGAUGCGGCGCUGAGUGUGCAUUUCUAUACGGGGGCUGCGCAGAGGGGGCUGCCGGUGGCGAUGAUGGCGCUGUGUGCGUGGUAUCUGGUGGGCGCCGAGCCCGUGCUGGAGAAGAAUGAGGAUGAGGCGUAUCAGUGGGCGUUUAAGGCUUCGGAGAGUGGGCUCCCGAAAGCAGAGUAUGCAGUCGGAUACUUCACCGAGAUGGGGAUCGGCUGCCGGCGCGACCCCCUCGAGGCAAAUGUCUGGUACGUCAAGGCGGCCGAACACGGCGACCAGCGCGCCGUGGCGCGGCUGAAGGUUAUCCAUGAGGCCGCAUCAGGCGGCAGUGGGGCGUCGCCGGCGAAGAAGGGGAAGAAGAAGGAUAAGGGCAAGGAGAAGGAGAAGGAGAAGGAGAAGGACAGGGAGAGGGAGAGUGACAGGGACAGGGACAGGGACAGGGAGAGGCCGAGGGUGCUGGAGAAGAAGCAGCACCAUGACGGCGAGGAGAAGGAGUGUGUGAUAAUGUGA